AUGAAGUCGGCGGUGAGCACGCGCGGUGGGGUGUCUGGCGGCCGCGGGGGUGGCUGCUGGGGCGGGGGGCGAGGAGGCGGGGGGCGAGGAGGCGGAGGAGGAGGCGGGGGCAAAGGAGCAGGAGGCGAUGGCGGCGGCCAGGGGGGCAAGGGCGGCUUCGGAGCGCGGACGCGCGGCUUCGGAGGCGGCAGGGGCCGGGGGCGCGGUGGCGGAGACGGCAGGGACCGCGGAGGCGGCGGGCAGCGGCGUGGCGUGGCCAAGAGCAAGAACCGCCGCAGGAAGGGGGUCACCACGGUAUCCGUGGAACCGCACCGGCACGAGGGGGUCUUCAUCUACCGCGGAGCGGAGGACGCUCUGGUCACACUGAACAUGGUGCCCGGCCAGUCAGUGUACGGCGAGCGGCGGGUCACGGUGACCGAGGGCGGCGUGAAACAGGAGUACCGCACGUGGAACCCCUUCCGCUCCAAACUGGCCGCGGCCAUACUGGGCGGGGUCGACCAGAUUCACAUCAAGCCCAAGUCCAAAGUGCUCUACCUGGGGGCCGCCUCGGGGACCACCGUCUCCCACGUCUCCGACAUCAUCGGCCCUGAUGGCCUAGUCUACGCGGUCGAGUUCUCCCACCGCGCCGGCCGCGAUCUGGUCAACGUGGCCAAGAAGAGAACCAACAUCAUCCCAGUCCUCGAAGACGCCCGGCACCCCCUCAAGUACCGCAUGCUCAUCGGGAUGGUGGACGUGAUCUUUGCUGAUGUGGCCCAGCCAGACCAGUCCCGCAUCGUGGCUCUGAAUGCCCACACCUUCCUGCGCAACGGGGGCCACUUCCUCAUUUCCAUCAAGGCCAAUUGCAUCGACUCCACCGCCUCGGCGGAGGCGGUGUUUGCUUCUGAGGUGAGGAAGUUGCAGCAGGAGAAUUUGAAGCCUCAAGAGCAGCUGACCCUGGAGCCCUAUGAGAGGGACCACGCUGUGGUCGUCGGGGUCUAUCGGCCCCUUCCCAAGAGCGCCAACAAGUAG